UACCCGGUCCAUAGACAGUUAAAACCCAGUCGUAGCAAGAAGCUAGCUAGCUUCAGUUUCCUAACUGGAGUACUUAGGUAAGCGAUGCUGUCUGUGUACUGCAUAUCUACUGUAACGUCAAUGUAACGGUCUCAGACCACCAAACGUGUUUGUUUUGAAUGACUGUUCUUGAAAGAAUGUGUCACUUUUUUGUGUGUGAGCUUGCUAACCCAACGUUACAUUAGAGAAGGCCACCAUGGUGCUGAACCCUGUCAUUUCCAAGCUCAGUGGUAAACUGGUUGUGCUGGCAAGUGCUUCUCCUAGGAGACUGGAGAUUCUCAGCAAUGCGGGCUUACGGUUUGAGGUGGUACCAUCUUGGUUCAAAGAAACUCUGAACAAGAAACUUUUCAAAGCACCUCAUGAGUAUGCUGUUGAGACAGCCAAACAAAAGGCCCUGGAGGUGGCUAGGAGGAUGCCCUUUAAACACCUGAAGACUCCAGACAUAGUAAUCGGAGCAGACACUAUUGUGACUGUGGAUGGCAGGAUCCUGGAGAAGCCAGUGGACAAAGAGGACGCUUACAGGAUGCUGUCAAGCUUGAGUGGUAAAGAGCACAGUGUCAUCACUGGUGUAGCUAUUGUCUUCUGCCAUGUGAAAGAAAACAAAGAAGUGGAUUACCAGUUGAUUGACUUCUACGAAGAAACAAAAGUGAAGUUUGCUGAUCUCUCAGAUAACAUGCUGUGGGAGUACAUCAAUAGCGGUGAACCCAUGGACAAGGCUGGAGGCUAUGGUAUUCAGGCUCUCGGUGGGAUGCUAGUGGAGUAUGUCCAUGGAGACUUCCUCAAUGUUGUGGGUUUCCCCCUGAACCACUUCUGCAAACAGUUGGACUUUAUUUACAACCGCUGUACUUCCUCCACGGACCAAGAAAGUGCGUCUGUCCAGCUGAGCCACAACGGCUCUCACACUACCUCAAUACUCAAUCAGCCCCCACUCAACCUGCCAGCCCAGUCCAGCCACAGUCCCAGCUCUUCAGCCAAACACAGCCCCUCAUCCAGCCCCACGCAGAACAGCCCACCAGCCAAUUAUACACUUCAUACCCAGAACAGCUCUUCAGCCGAUACGGUCCAUAAGGUGAAAGGGAAAAGCAGUGAAAGUGAAGUGGACGAGAGUUCCUGGAUGUUGGUCAACAGCCUGUCUAAACAUACAGAUGAAAGAGAGGCUGAGUUCAUACACAGUACAACAUUACCAAUGACUGCCAGCAGAGGGCAGGUGAUUGAGCACAAUGUGAAAGAGCAUGAGGACAGUGAACCAAAAAAAGACGAAUUGCAUCGAAUUAUUCAUCUGAUGGAUGGAUUCAAAGCCUCAAAGGCACUAUUUACCGCAUCCAAGAUGUGUGUGUUUGACCUUCUACAAAGCAGGCCAGGUCUGGAUGCAGCACAGGUGGCUCAGGAGAUCAAAGCCUCUGUGAAGGGCACUGAAUGCCUGCUAGAAGCCUGUGUGUCUCUGGGACUGUUGAAGAGCAAACCGAGAGCAUGCCAGAAGUCAGUGUACAAGAACACAGAUCUGUCGUCACGUUUUUUGCUGUCAGACGCUCCUUUUUCGCUGCGGGGCUACAUCCAGCAUUGUAACGACACAGUAUGGCCUCUUUUCUCCCACCUUGAGAGUGCUGUGCGGGAGGGAACCAACCAGCGUGAAAAGGCUUUUGGGAAGACAUCCAAUGAAAUGUGUCAGGAUACAUUCUACAACAGUCGAGAAGCCAAACUGAGAUUCAUGAAUGCCAUGCACAGCAUUGCUAAAGUUACCGGACGAGCUGUAGCAACAGCCUUUGACCUCUCCAGUUUUAAAACUGCCUGUGAUCUAGGAGGAUGCACGGGUGCAAUGGCCUAUGAGUUUACUAAAGCCCAUCCUGGGUUGUCUGUGACAGUUUUUGACUUGCCAGCAGUUGUUGAGAUGAGUGAACAUUUCUAUCCUCUGCACACAGACAACAGGGUAUCGUUUGUAGCAGGAGACUUCUUCAAAGAUGAGUUGCCCAAAGCAGACUUGUACAUCCUGGCGAGAAUUCUCCAUGACUGGUCUGAUGACAAAGUGUGCAUUCUUCUGAGUAAAAUUGCAAAUGUGUGCACUGCAGGCUGUGGACUCCUGCUGAGUGAGAUCUUCUUGGAUGAAGGCCGAAGGGGCCCGAGUCGUGGGCUGCUGCAGGCCCUCAGCAUGAGUGAGGGGAAACAGAGCAGCGCGACAGAGUACAGCCUGCUUUUGAAGGGCCAUGGUUUCAUAACAGCACACGUCAGACAUACAGACAACCUCCUGGAUGCUAUGCUCUGCAUCAAAGUGUGACAGACCACACCCUCUACAACACUUAUGAUGCACUGUAGGUAACAUUUGCCAAAAUCAAGGACUAAGGUCAGGAAU